AUGACGACAGAGAAUCAGCUGGAGAAAGGUCAACACCAGCAAGGGACAGAAUCACCGAUUUCAACACCAUCACUGCAUGACAAUACACCCGAUCAAGAUGAUAUCUCUGAACCCAAAUCAGAAAAGCAUGCAAAAGAUGAUGGAAUACUAGUAGAAUUCUCAAAAGACUCUCACGAUCCUUCCAAUCCGGCAACAUUUUCAAACUUAAAGAAAUGGUGGAUAAUAGCGGUAAUUUCAACAACCAGUACAAUGGUAACAUGUGCAUCUUCCGUCGUAUCGACAGGCUAUCAAGGAAUCGAAAUGGAUCUACACGUCAGCCAUGAAGUUGCAAUUUUGGGAUUGUCAUUAUUCGUUUUAGGGUUGGGUUCUGGACCGAUCUUCUUGGCACCUUUUUCGGAAUUUUAUGGGAGAAGGCCAGUUUAUCUAUUAAGUUUAACAGCAUUCUUCUUACUCGGCUUCCCGGUCGCUUUUGCAAAUAAUCCUGCCGUAUUCUUUAUAUUUCGCUACCUAACCGGUUUCGCUGGAAGUGCAUUUUUGAGUGUAGCAGGAGGUUCGAUCACCGAUAUGUAUUCACCGAAAUAUUCCUUUUUUCCAAUGGCCGUUUAUACUUCUUCACCUUUUAUGGGUCCCGUCUUGGGUCCUGUUUAUAGUGGAUUCGUCGUUCAAUUUGCUGAUUGGAGAUGGUCAUUCCGGGUAAUCAUCAUUUGGUCUUUCGUUCAAUUGAUCUUGGUCGCCUUUACACCAGAAACAUUUCCGCCGCAACUGCUCAUUCAAAAAGCACGCAGGAUACGCAAAGAGACGGGAAAUAACUCUUAUUAUGCUCAACACGAAAGAGACCUUGCGGCAAAGAGUCUCGUCAAAACAAUCGCUGUGAGCGGAUCAAGAGUGUUUUUGUUACUCGCACUAGAACCAAUGCUGCUCUUGCUCUGUCUAUGGUGCGCAAUCCUUCUUGGAAUCCUCUACCUAUUCUUUGAGUUGUUCCCGAUCGUUUUUGCCAAGCACAACUUUAACGAUUACCAAAAUGGGUUAAGCUUUUUAGGUCUAGGGAUUGGAGUAAUGAGCGGUGUCGUUUUGAUGAAAUUUUGGUUUGCAAAACGAUAUACGAGAUUAUCAGAAAAGAAUGGCGGAAAAGCACCACCCGAAGCACGUUUAGAUCCUGCUAAAUUGGGUGCAAUCUUGUGUCCCAUAGGUCUUUUCAUCUUUGCAUUCACUUCUUAUCGAAACGUUCAUUGGAUCGCUCCAAUUAUUGGCUCAAUUCCAUUCGGUGUCGGUUUCUUGUUGAUUUUUACCUCCGUUUUCACUUUCACGACCGAUAAUUGGCGUCCUGUUGCCGCUUCAGGUAUGGGUGCAAAUUCUGUUGCACGUUCAAUUUUUGCUGCCGCUUUCCCACUCUUUGCAACUCAAAUGGCAAGCAGACUUACAACAACAGGAGCAGCAGCUUUACUGGCAGGUUUGAAUGUUGUCAUCAUCCCGCUCCCUUUCGUCUUUGCUCGUUAUGGACCGCAACUAAGAGCAAAGAGCAAAUAUGCUAUGAAAUAG